AUGAGAACCUCAGUCCCUGUUUUCUGGUAUGGCUUGUCGAUAAAGGCCUGUCCAAUAUUUCCACCCAAUGUUGGAGAUGGAGAUCCAGAGCAAACGACACCAAUCUGCUUGGUCUUAUCGUCUGCGGCGAAGAUCUUGUUUCCAUCACGAGGUGAUGGUCCUUUUGACUUGAUUCCGACUCUCUUGAAAGUGACAGAUUUAGGUGUCUCAAGCUGGCUGAGAAUCUUGGAGCUACCAUUGAACUCGUCAGAUCUUCUGGAUUUAGAGACAAGCCAGUUCAGCGAAGCUUCCACAGGAGUGGUCUGUUCAUUGAGCUCGUGUCCGUACAAACACAUUCCGGCUUCGAGUCUCAGAGAGUCUCUGGCAGCAAGUCCAAUAGGUUUGACGGAUUCAUCUUCCAAAAUAGCCAAAAAGAACUUUCUAGCGACCUCUAUAUCUGGAAUAGAGAUCUCGAAUCCAUCUUCACCAGUGUAUCCACCUCUUGCAAUGUGGAAUUUUUCCGACGAUCCCAGACGGUCGAGCGGGAUGAAUCUGCUUUGCCCGAAAUACAAGUCACUCAGAUCAGAGGAGGUGAAUUUCGACACUGCUUCUUGCGACUUGGGGCCCUGA